UCAACUUAACUCAAUUGGAGAAAUGAUUCUUCCAACGUUACUCGUUUUAAUGAAAGUUCUGAUAGAGUUAACGAAAAAGAUCAUAACUGCUUCAAUUAGAUUAAGUUAAAGUUGAAGGACUAUAAAUUAAAAUUUCAUUGCAAAGAUUUUAAUUGAAAAAAAAAAAAUAUAACUUUACUGCCCUUCAUUAUUCACAUUACAAUCUUACUUUACGCUACAAUAACCCACUCAGUCAGUAUCGGCGGCCUACGACGAGAAAGACACCAGUUUACUUUUCACUUAUAACGCUACGCGCCUCCCUGCUUACUUGUACGCGACGCGCCUCCCCACUCGUAUAAAUGCCUAUUGCCUUGUCCCGAUUGUGACAUCGUUGCAACAACAACGAACGAGCCCCUCUCUUUUUUCUCCAUCUUAAAACUCACUCAGAACCUCCACCAACUACGCCGGUUACUUCCUCCUUAUCGUGAAAAAGAUGUUGGGUUCUUCUUCUAGUCCUUUUGGGCAGUCAUCUAGCAGCCCGUUUGGGUCCUUGUCGGAAUUUGGGCAGACUUGCAGCGCAAGUAACAAUCGUUUUGCUCCCAUGCCUUUUGGUUUUGGCUCGCAAUUUGGAGGAACUUCUACUGGUGUAUUUGGCACGCAAACGGGGAGUUCUGUGUUUGGAAGGACCUCAACUGGUGUAUUGGGCAUGCAAACUGCAAUUGGCGGCCAAACAGGGAGGUCCAUAUUUGGAGGAACUCCAACUGGUGUAUUUGGUUCGCAAACAGGGAGUUCUCAGUUUGGAGGAACUUCAACUGGUGGAUUUGGCAUGCAAACAGCAAUGGGCUGGCAAACUGGGAGUUCUAUCUUCAAAGGAACUUCAACCGGUGUAUUUGGCCCGCAAACAAGCGGUAGAACGUCAACCGGUGUAUUUGGCUCGCAAACAAGGAGUGGAACUUCAACUGGUGUAUUUGGCUCGUUAACAAGGAGUGGGACUUCAACUGGAGCUCAAUCAACAAUAUUUAGGAGCACAGCUGCAUUUAUGGACCAACAAUGCGGGAGCAGUAUGGUGGCUGUGCCAUAUGUUGCAACUCGUGAAUCUAAUGGUGGCGGGAAAUUGGUGUCAAUAUCAGCAAUGCCAGCAUAUAAGGAAAAAAGUCACGAAGAAAUCCGCUGGGAGGUUUCUGAAAAAGUGUUGUCGAUAUCAGCAAUGCCAGGAUAUGAAGAAAAAAGUCACGAGCAAAUCCGUUGGGAGUAUUAUCAUCAAUUGGGAGAUAAGGGCACUUCUUCAGUUUUUAGACAAACCUCAUCUCCAUCGAUCUCUAAUCUGUCAAGCUUUGCUCCGGCUUCUACAUAUGCAACUUCCACAUUCAAUCUACCUCCAUUGAUCUCUAAUCCGUCAAGCUUUGAUCCGGCUUCCACUAGUACAACUUUCAAAUUCAAUCCCACUGCUCCUUCAGCUGCACCGACAGUGCCAGAUGACAGUACAAGCAGCCAAAUGGGUUUUAAUGAAGCAGCUUCGCCUUCUGUUUCCGUGCCUUUCUCAUCUCUGCCAAUUCAGAAUAACUAUGGACAGUUUCCUGCUACUCAAAGCCCUGCAGCUGUACAACCAUUACAACUAGUACCCGCUACAAAUCCAUUUGGAACGCUCCCUCUAGUGCCUCAGAUGUCAAUCGGUUGCGGUGAAAUGAUUCAAUAUGGAAUUUCGAGCAAGCCUGUUGUAGACAACCCGCUGCUGCGCCCGUUAGAGUAUCACAUUUGUUGAGCUCUCGACACCUGACAAAAAGGCGGGUGGUCAGGUUACCUUCAAGAAAUUAUAAUCCAAAGAAUGAUGGUCCAAGGAUCCCUUUCUUUAUUAAUUAGAAGAAGCAGCAGAUAGUUUGUAGCAAUUUAAAUCUUGUUAGAAAGAUUGAUAUGUUCCCGUCCGGUGACCUGGUUUUCACAGAUGAUGAAAUGUAAAAGUAUUCAGAAAUAAAAAGAUGAAUUUGUUUACUUUUA